CCCGGCACGCGCCUGGGGCUGUACCUAUAAGAACCCUCGCGUGCCGGCCCUCAGCUCCGGCGCGUCGGCCACAGCCCUCCCCAGCAGAAUCGUGGGCGUCGGCCAAGCCCGAGCGCGCAGCGGCCGCUGGCCCCUCUGGGAAGCCCUCAGGGGCUGCCCACCCGCAAGGCCCUGGGGAGGAGGCAGCUGUACGCCGCUGAGUGCUUACGGAGGGAACCCCCUCACCGGCCCUCACCAAAACACACACACACACACACACACACACACACGGCCCCGAGCCGUCCAGCCGGCCCUCGGGCGCGCGGCCGCAGACAGCAUGGACACAAUGCUGUUGGAACCUUUCCCCGGGGCCCUGGAUGGCUUUCCGGCUCCGUACCUGGACGAUGAAGACUUCCUGACCGAUCAAUCUUCCCGGGAUCCUUUGGAGGACGGUGACGAGCUGCUGGUGGACGAGCAGGCCGAGGUUGACUUCUUCAGCCACCAGUUGCACGAAUACUGCUACCGCGACGGGGCGUGCCUGCUGCUUCCUCCGGCGCCCUCAGCCGCUCCGCACGCCCUCGUGCAGCCGGCGCCGCCGGCGCCGCCGCCGUCGGGGUUUCCCGAGGACCCCGAGGACAUUGGCGGAGGCUCCGGCUACUGCUGCGCGGCGAGCGUGGCCCCCAGCGCCUUCCCCUACUCGCCCGGCUCGCCACCCUCGUGUCUGGCCUACCCGUGCGCCGCUGCCGCCGCGGUGCUGUCCCCCGGAGCUAGGCUGCGGGGCGCGGCGGCGGCUGCAGCGGCUGCUGCGCGGCGGCGCCGGAGGGUGCGCUCCGAGGCGGAACUCCAGCAGCUGCGGCAGGCGGCUAACGUGCGCGAGCGGCGCCGUAUGCAGUCCAUCAACGACGCCUUCGAGGGCCUGCGCUCGCACAUCCCCACCCUACCCUACGAGAAGCGCCUGUCCAAAGUGGACACGCUGCGUCUGGCCAUCGGCUACAUCAACUUCCUCAGCGAGCUGGUGCAAGCCGACCUGCCUCUGCGCGGCGGCGCCGGCGGGGCAGGCGGCGCUGGCGGAGCGGGAGGAGGCGGGCGCCUGGGCACGGACAGCCUAGGCAGCCAAGCCCAGAAGGUCAUCAUCUGCCAUCGUGGCACCCGGCCGCCCUCCCCCAGCGACCCGGACUAUGGCCUUCCUCCUCUGGCUGGACAUUCCCUCUCGUGGACUGAUGAAAAGCAGCUCAGCGAACAGAACAUCAUCCGGACAGCCAAAGUGUGGACCCCUGAGGAUCCCAGGAAACUCAGCAACAAAUCCGCUUCGUUCCACAGCGCCGACAGUGAGCUGGCCCUGGAGUUCGUGUCCUGAGCCAGCCAGGAUCCCGCGGUGGACUGGACUGCGGUCGCUUGUGCAUAUUGUACAUGUCCAUGUAAUUUAAAAGAAAAUCAGAUGUU